AUGGCGUCGGAGUCAUGGUUGGUGGAGAGGGCGAGGGAGGAGCUUCAAAAACUGGAAUCCCUGCAUCCCACCCGAUUCAAGUAUCUCAAGCUCGAGCUCAAGUCCCUCAUCUCCCAACCCCACUCCUACGUUGUUGCUGUUGACGAGGAUAGCUCAAGGCCUCCGCCUACCACUUCUCCUGCUCCCACGCAAGUGUCGUCUAAUCGGAAGAGGAAGACUGGGCGGAGUGACAAUGAUGAGGAUGAGCAGGCGGAGCAGCGUCAGAAGAAGCAGGCGCAGAAGCCAUUGUCGGCAUCAGGACGAAGGGGCGGUGGCGGGGGCUGUAUGAAGAGUGAGAGCAGCGGGGAAAUGGCCAUGAGACGCGCCGAGGCGUGCCUCAGGAGGAUUCAACAGCUGAAGCACAGCUUGUUUUGUUAG